AUGGUUCAAUUUACCUCUGCUAUCAUGGCUCCUGCCACUGCCGCCUUUCUUGUUUCUUUCCUCGCCCCGUCGGUCUACGCCUCACCAAUUCAAAUCAAGGAUGGUGUAGAGCAUGUCAUUUCCUGCCUGGCUGAAAAGGGCAUCGCUAGCGUAAUUACAGGGGCUAUUGUGGACGCCGCUACGCCUUGCAUUGUUGAUGCUAUCCAUGCCAAACGACACGACGAUUCUAACGGAUCCCCUCUUCGCGUUCCCGAUUUAAACAGAAUCAUGACCGAAAAUGGAGGACCUAAAUACGCCGAGUGUAUGAAGGAGAGCUAUCCUUCCUUCCCUGAUGUCGAUGUCGUCGAGACUCAGGUUAUCAAGGACUGCAUCUACCUUACCCAGCCAAAUGGCAAAAACUUAGUAGCUCGCGGCAAGUCUUAUGGCUAUGAGGCUUCUUGUACCAAUUAUAAGGAUGCUAAGCACAUCCCCCGCGUCUUUGAGGAGGCAGGACCAUUCCGCGCAAAAACAGAUCCUUUCUGUGAUAAGAUGAGACCGGCUGUGAUCGACAAAGGCGAAGGUGAAGUCUACGAGGUACUGGGCGAUACAACAUUCAAAUACGGUGACAGCGGUUUCGCUAGACCCCUUCUAAAGCACGAUGUUAAGGAUGCGCUUGGUCUCAAGACCAGGCUGACUUUGACAGACCGUGGCCGGGACCUGAUCAAGGACGACGCUGCUGGAUAA